UCUACUCCCCAUUUUUUAUAAAACGCCAAAUGAAAAUUACAAGAAACUUCGUACCUCUAAUUUAAUGCAAUAAUAUGUGCAAUUUGAAGCAUGCCGAUUCAGGCGCCCUCAUGGACAGACUUUCUGAACUGUCCCAUCUGCUGCAAUGAGUUUGAUGGCAGCCAGCGUGUGCCCAUUAGCCUGGGCUGUGGCCACACAAUAUGCCGGCCCUGUCUGACAACGCUCUACAACCGCCAAUGUCCCUACGAUCAGACACUUAUUGUGACGGAUAUCGAUAGUUUGCCCAUUAAUUAUGCGCUGCUGCAGCUGGUGGGCAAUGGAGGUGCUGUUGGGACUGGCAAGGAAUCGGAGCUGGCCGAUCUGGCGCCGAGUGUUAAAAAAUUGCUGGCAGAACAACUGAAAUGCUACAAGCUGGGGAAGAAAUGCAUCGAGGAGCUGGCGUUGCAUUUGCGUUCGUUUUUAAAUCAGAACAGCAGCAAUCUGCUGACGCGUCCCAUGCAACGAAAGCUCGUGGCACUGGUCAACUGUCAGCUAAUGGAGGAGGAGGGUCGGGUGCGUGCCUUGCGUGCCGCUCGAUCCCUGGGCGAACGCACCGUCACCGAACUAAUACUGCAGCAUCAGAAUCCACAGCAGCUCAGCUCGAAUCUGUGGGCAGCGGUGCGCACUCGAGGCUGCCAAUUCCUUGGGCCCGCCAUGCAGGAGGAGGUGCUCAAGCUGGUGCUGCUCGCUCUCGAAGAGGGUUCGGCACUUUCGCGCAAAGUCCUGGUCAUGUUUGUGGUGCAACGAUUGGAGCCACAUUUUCCUCAAGCGUCCAAGACGAGCAUUGGGCAUGUGGUGCAGCUGCUGUAUCGGGCCAGCUGCUUUAAGGUGUCCAAGCGUGAGGCGGACUCAUCGCUGAUGCAACUCAAGGAGGAGUUUCGCACCUAUGAUGCAUUGCGUCGCGAACACGACGCCCAAAUCGUUCAGAUUGCCACCGAGGCGGGCUUGCGCAUUGCACCCGAACAAUGGUCGUCGCUGCUGUACGGCGACAUUGCGCACAAAUCCCACAUGCAAAGCAUCAUUGACAAACUGCAGACCCCAUCGGCAUUUGCCCAAUCCGUACAGGAGUUGGUCAUAGCACUGCAGCGGACCAGUGAUCCCGCCAAGCUGGCACUGCUUCACACCCAUCUGCAGUAUUUGGCGAGCAUUGAUCCGGGCGUGGAGAUUGCACCGUGGGACGAUGUCGCCAAGGCGCUGGACGCUGUACGCAAUGCUGUCAUGGGUCUCGUCCUCUUCCUGCAGCAUCAUGGUAUACGCAAGCCACAGGAUAGCGGCUCCGCGGGUGGCGGUGGUGGUGGUGGUGCCGCAGCCGCUGCCAAUAACAACACCAAGUAUAAGAUUAGCCUGUGCCGCGAUCUCAACCAUCGACGCGUCUGUCCGCGUGGCGCCAGCUGCACCUUUGCCCACUCCCAGGAGGAGGUCGAACGCUAUCGCGCCCGCAACCGUGGCAAGCACAUUAAGUCGCCCAUGGCAAUGGCCGGCAUGCCAAGCAUUCCUCCACAGGGCGCGAAGGGAGCGAAGCCACUGCCCGAUGUGAUUACACAUGCCGGUCCAUCGGCCAUGAUGCCCAUAUCGCCCAUGCGCUUCAUGCAAGCGAUUCCACCAGCCACAGCACCACCUCGUGGUGGCUACCUGGAGCCCAACUGCAAUCUACAGCCACAUAAUCUAUCGCCCAGUGGUGGCGUGGUGCAUCCGCUGAUGCAUCCACAUGCCAGUCCCAUAGCACGCCAGCACCAGCAGCAGCAGCAGCUCAACGGAUUACUGGUGGCGCAACCACCACCACCACCUGGCCAAUCGGUUCACUAUGAACAACGCUACGGCUUUCAACGGAAUCCGCCGCCACCACAACGCAACCCACCGAACUACAGCAACAGCAACCACAACAGCAACAACAACCACAGCAGCAACAACAACCACAGCAGCAACAGCAGCAGCAGCAUCAAUCACAAUAAGAGCUUCAUCAGCAUGCUUCCAGCGGAUGUUUACCAUUCGUCAUUCUCCAAUGCCGAGCAGCAGCAGCUGCCCGGCAAACUGGCGCAUCAUUGGGAGCACACAUACAUGCCGUCGCCUGGCUCUCUAGCGCCGUCCAGCAAGAAUCCCGGUCGCAGCAGCAUGUCGACCAUUUUAACCGCAACAGCUGAUACCUCAUUUUAUGAAAAGAAACCGCCGAGUAAUGUUAACAUUGACCUCGAUAUGGUCAAGCCGCUGAGCGAGAACUCAACGCCGCUCUAUAGACCCAGCAAUCACAAUCACAACCACAACAACAACCAUAGUGGCAACAACAACAGUGGCAACAAUAACAGUAGCAGCAACAAUCAUAGCAACAAUAAUAAUAGCAAUACAUCACUUUUAUUCUGGAAUAAUCCCAACAACAAAACAGAGUCCGCUAACUUUGUGCGUUCCGACUCCAUAUUGGACGACGAUGCAACGACUUUUGAUAUGCCCACUGGUUCCACCAACCAUAGUCGCUACGGCCCCAUUUGCCCCAAACGCUCCACGAGCAACAAUUGGCAAAACUCCUGGCUCAUGGAGAACGAUGCCAUCAAGAAUAAUAGCGAAUUUCUCGUCGAUAAGCUCACCAGUUAUGCGGCAGGCUUCAAGCCGGACCACAAUGAGCACAAUCCCAAUGCCAAUGCCAAUAAGAAUCCUACUGCACGUGAGUUCAUUUGGAACAGCGAUCCGACAAAUGCGUCUAGCAAUUAUUGGAGCAGCAGCAGCGUCAGCGAACCGGAAAGACUGAAGCAUCAACAGCAACAGCAUCAGCAGCAGCAACAGCAUCAGCAGCAGCAACAGCAGCAGCAGCAACAGCUGCAUAUGAUGGAAAGGAAGCCAGUGUUGCUGUCCGAGGACAGUUUUGAUGGUGGCAUCGAUAGCGGCAUGAUGAUCGAGCUGGAAAAGAAACUGGUCGACAUUGUUGAGGUCGGCUCGAAUCCGGAUGACAGUGGCAUUAAGCUGGAUUAGAAUAGUUGGAGUCUUGGGAGGAGUGGAAACAUAAUGCAAUCAUUUUACAACAGAUCUCUCUCGAUGAGAGGGACACGUUUCGAGGUUUGUACACCGCACACACACAGCUUAAAAUUCUAGAAUUUUCAAUUAACUAAUACAUAUAGCAAAUAGUUAAACGAUUGGAAUCGUGUUUCGAUCACAAGAAGUAGAAAAAAACAAGUAAAAAAGAGAAGAAAAAAAAACACAAAUUUGGGUUUUGGGGAAACUAGAAUUUAUUAUAUAAUUGUCUCUGUAAAGUGUUGUCAAGCUCUUUAUAUAUAACUAAUGUAUG